ACAGAGGUUUCCCCCCCUGCUGCAUGCGUGCGUAACAUCUCGUGGAGCGCAACCAAACCUCCGCCGCUCCUGCGCUUUCCUCCUCUUCCCACACGGAUAACGCACGGUCUCCAACCCGGGAUCCAUCGCUCUUCCGUCGGAUUUAGCACAGACCAGAACCAGGCUGGGAUUUCCUCUGGUUUGAGCUUUGACAGAUCCGGAUCGGCUCGUGCGUGCGUGUGUGAGUGUGUGUGUUGGGUGGAGUCAACCCGGAAUCCUCCAAAUUGGAUACGCGUUGGCACAUUUCAGGACUGAGACAUGAAGGACAGCAUCGCCAACAACAGCACGGCCAGCAUCUCCCAAGCCCGGAAAGCCGUGGAGCAACUCAAGAUGGAAGCCUGCAUGGAUAGGAUAAAGGUGUCCAAAGCAGCGGCCGACCUGAUGGCCUACUGCGACGCCCACGUACGCGAGGACCCCCUGAUCGUCCCCGUGCCCGCCUCCGAGAACCCAUUCAGGGAGAAGAAGUUUUUCUGCAGCAUCCUCUGAUCGGACCCGCCUCUUUGUUUGGGGGUCUGCGGUGCUCCUGUCUUCACCACACCUGAAGCCACUGGCCUUUUCGCCGUUGAGAUGGGUUGAACCAGGCGGACUGUGUGUUAUUACGCGGCUCUGUCCAGGUGGCUGAGGGGGUUUUUGGAGGGAGUCGGCUACCCAAUCUGGCAAACCGUAUGAGCGUACCAUGUCUUGUUAAAUAGGUUUGUUAAUGCUUUGUAUUAGAGAAGCCUUGCUCAGUGCUUAAUGAGAAGAUGUUUUUGUUUACCUUUUUCUUGUGCUAGAUUUUGGCUCAGGACUCACAAAUCUGCCCAAAUGUCUUUAAAUACUGAAUUAUUUUUUUGUUUAUCUGCAUAUAAUUCUACCCUUAAUUAAAACAUAAAGAUGUAUUAUUAUUAUUGCCGAUCUUCAUUCAAGCCACGUAAUCCUAAUGUGACACCUUAUAAUUGGUGUUUUUUUAAAAUUAACCUCCAAAGUUUUUGACAAUUAACCUCCUCAUUUAAGUUAGACAAGCACAUUUAGUCAAAUUAGCGUCAGAUUUGAAUAGUACAUCGUUUCAGAAAUCCUGAUGAGGAAGGUCAAAGUUCAAAAAACAACAAAAUUAUACAAAUACAACAUAUUAUCUUCCUCUUAUUGUCUUUAAGGUUAGCCAUAUCAGACUUUGCCCAGACUAAAACCAAUGAGAUUUUCUGCGUUUAGUUAUCCACAUUUUAAAUCUUACUUUGACCAUUUGUUACCUUCUGUUCUACUGAUUUGCAGAUAAAUGUAAAUGAAUACACUUUUUUAACUUAUCAUUUUGUGAAGAACUUUUUGAUUCAAACGUAUCAACAAAUCUUCAGUCCCAUAUGCGUCUUUGCUCAAAGGAUAAAGUCAUAUCAGAAAAUGUUCGUUGUAACAUUAGCAGGGGGGAGAUUGCAGAUAGCUAGGCCAAUGUAAUUAUGAGUUAGUAUGAAUAACUCCUUUGCAAAAUUUCUUUUCAAUAUGACUUUUACCUAUUUGGUUUCAUAAAUGUCCCCAAAACCUCUCCAAGGUGAAAAAUGUGCAGAUAAUUAGCAAUAAACAUUGACUAAACAAAUACAAAUACAAAUACUAAAAUGAAACAACAUUUUAUCACGUAAAGGUGCACUGCGUAACUUUACUAUUGCAAGAUCUGCCACCUGCUUGUCUCCAUGGUGAUGUUAUUAUGAUGGUUUUUAAUAAUCCCUUGAUAAACCUGUGAUUGGAGUAUGGUCACCUCUCGACAACC